UUGUGGGAGCUGAUAGGAUCACUAAGGUGGAAAAUAUAGAAGGGCCCAGAAUGGAGCCCCAUGGGACACUCACAUUUAGUGGGUAUGAUCUGGAUGAAGAACCGCUAAAGGAGAAGGUCAGACAAGUAGGAGCAGAACCUGGAGAGAAAGUGGUAUCCUGAAGGGAAGAGAGAGAUUAAGAAACGUGACUGAGAUGCUAUCCCGGAGGAAACCCUGGCACUGCAUGGCAAAGGGGCUCAUUCUGGGAUGCCUCUUAACUGGCUUUCUAUUGCUGCUCUAUUCUUAUGCUAUUGCUCCUUCGCAAGUCGCCAUGGCCAAGGCCUCAGCACCAAGCCACUGUUCUUCUCCACCCACCUUACCUGCCAACAUCACCAAAGGCUCCUGCUGGCCAAAGUUAGACAUCGUAUUCAUGAAGACGCACAAGACGGCCAGCAGCACCCUGCUCAACAUCCUGUUCCGCUUCGGCCAGAAGCACCGGCUCAAGUUCGCCUUCCCCAGCGGCUACAACGACUUCAACUACCCGUCCUUCUUCAAGCGCAGCCUGGUGCACAACUACCAGCCGGGGGACUGCUUCAACAUCAUCUGCAACCACAUGCGUUUCUACUACUCCGAAGUACGUAGCCUAGUGGCGGCCAACGCCACGUUCAUCACGGUGCUGCGCGACCCCGCCCACCUCUUCGAGUCGUCCUUCCACUACUUCGGGUUGGUGGUGCCCUUCACGUGGAAGCUCACAGGCCACAACAAGCUGGCCAAGUUCCUUCAGGACCCCAACCGCUACUACAACCCCAAGGGCUUCAACGCCUACUAUCUUCACAACCUGCUCUUCUUCGACCUGGGCUACAACAAUGAACUGGAUCCCCGCAGCCCCCAGGUGGCCAAGAACAUCCUGGAGGUGGAGCAGAGGUUCCACCUGGUCAUGCUGCAGGAGUACUUCGAUGAGUCUCUGGUGCUGCUCAAGGAGCUUCUGUGCUGGGAGCUCGAGGACAUCCUGUACUUCAAGCUCAACGCACGUCAGGCCUCGGCGGUCUCCCCACUGACCGGAGAGCUCUACAGAAGGGCCACUGACUGGAACAAGCUGGAUGCGCUGCUCUACCGCCACUUCAAUGCCAGCUUCUGGCGCAAAGUGGAGGCCUUCGGGCGCGAGCGCAUGGCCCGGGAGGUGGCCUCUCUGCGGCGGGAGAAUAAGCGAAUGGAAAGAAUCUGCAUUGAUGGUGAGCAUGCAGUGGAUGCCAAGGACAUUGAGAAACCCUCAUUGCAGCCAUGGCAGGCAAUGGGGGCAAAGACAAUCCUUGGCUAUAACCUAAAGAAGCAUAUCAAUCAUCAGUAUGAUCAGUUGUGCCGGAAAAUGGUAACUCCAGAUAUCCAGUAUAUGACUGAACUUGGGGUCAACCUGUGGGUCACCAAAUUAUGGUGGUAUAUCAGGAUGUUGCUGCAGAUUUGAUAGCUGCCUGACCCUGGCCAGUUCUCUCUAUUAUUCCUGGCUCAGAAAGCAUGCACAAGGGAUUUCCCUUACUCAGGAUGAACCUUUAGGCUAAUCACUCAGGGUAGUCAACUAGGUGACCAAGUCUGACCUCUAUCUUCCAAACCAGCCCAGUAUUCUUUCAUCCUUAACCUAACUUUGGGCAAGACAUAUAAUAAAAUGGGCCAAGAUCUGAGAGUUACUUCAUAGAGCCCACUGGGUGAGCUUAUAAAUGAUCGAGCCAAAUUAGAUGAAUAUGAGCUGUCUUCAGUCAAGAGAAGCACUUAUAUAAUUACAUAUGGGUUAAAAUUUUCAUAGGGACAUUCUUAUGUGGAGGAGUCUCUGAAGUAAAAAAAAAAACUGCAUUUUCAGUUUUUUAUAUAUAGAGAGAGUGAGAAGAAAAAUUCCCAGGAAAUAUUCCCCUUGAGAUAAUGAGUCCAAGUUAUUGGGAUAGAGUCUCUGGAUUCCAUUUCCCAUUAUAUAAUGUGUCUGGAUAUUGAGGAUAGACAUUUCUAGGUAAAGACUUGAAAGGCAGUCUUCUGGGAGUCAGGAUAUUUAAAAAGUGGGGCUAACAAGAGGUGAUAUGAAAAGGUAAGCUUAGGAUGAGGAAGAUAACAGUACCAGCAAGGAAAAAAGUAAGAGGUUCCCUUAGAUCCUCAAUUUUCCUCGAGGCUUUAUAGCCUCAAGCCUACUUUUAGAAGCUUGUCCAGGAGACACUGAGGGAUGGGCAACAUCUCACCCAUAGCUCUGUCAUUGAGAGGAUAUUGGGAACUGCCAGGUCAGUUGCUUUCAGGGAGUGGACCUCUGAACUCUUAAGGUUUUUACUCCUGAGUCAUGACUGGAAGUGAUUCUCUCAAUUGUGGGAUGGUUAAAGGUUAUUUUAUAAUCAUAUUGGAUUUUGUAAGGGGCUUUACCCCAAGAAUGGCUACAAUGUUAGGUCAUUUCAGUCCUGUUAUUUUCAUUAUUUUUGUGUUUAAAUUAAUUUGGUGAGAUUUCACCAUGAGGUUGAAAUUGGCACAACACUGGGAAGCAUAGCUAACAUACUAGAUAAGGACAAAGUCAGGAGCCAAAACGAUCAUGACAGACCAGAUUAGAGCUUUAUGCUGAAUGGAAAAAGAUGAAUUUCAAUGGUGAUAAAAGUGAAGUCUUACAUUAGGUUCAAAAGAUCAUCAAAAUAAAGACAAAAAUGAGGGGAUAUGAUUAGACAAGUAGUUUGGGGAAAGGCCUGGGAGUUUGAGUGAACUGCACAAAACUAAAAUGAAUCAGUCAUGUGAUAAGACAGCUAAAAAAAAGCCCUUGCUAUCUUGGCCCGAAUUAGGAAGUGUAGAGCCCCAAAUAACAGGAAGGUAAUUGUCCCUCCUUCAAUUCUAACAAUUAGAGUGUUACAUUCACUUCUGCAUUCAUUGAUAAGAUGGAGCAUGACUAGGACAGUAAAGAGCCUUAAGUCUUUGUCAUAUGGAAUUUGGAGGAAAAGACUAAAAAGACAUGUUAAUUGUCGCUAUUCAGUGUUUGGAGGAUUGUCAUAUGGGAUGAGUUGUGUUCCUUUUGACAGAGAGUAGACCCAGAAGCGCCAUAUAUAGGAGUUGCAAAAUUUUUCUGAUCAUUAGAGUUAUCCAUAAGUGGGAAGUUUGACCUUGGGAAGGUAAUGGUUUCUGUUCUUCUCAAAGGUUUGUAAUCACAAGCUGGAGGGUCAAUUGUCAGUCAUGUUGUAGUGAGGGAUCCUUUUCAUUUGGUUGGAGUAGAUGGCUGCUGAGGGCCAGAAUUCUCUGCUUCUUUGAAAUGAUCUGCUAUUAAGAUUUGUGGCCUUAUAUAAUGGGGGACAAACUAGAACCAUUCUCAAUAAGAUUAGGGGUGAAACAAGAUGUGAUUGCCCACUGUCACCAUUACUAUUCAAUAUUGUAUUAGAAAUGUUAGCUUUGGCAAUAAGAGAAGAAAAAGAGAAUAAAGGAAUUAGAGUAGAUAAUGAAGAAACCAAAUUAUCACUCUUGGUAGAUAAUAUGAUGGUAUACUUAGAAAACUCUAAAGAACCAACUAAAAAACUACUAGAAACAAUUCACAACUUUAACAAAGUUGCAGGAUACAAAUGCCUAAACAAGGAAAAGACAAAACAAAAGAGAACUAUAGACUAAUAUCAGUGAAUAUCAGUUCAAUAAUUUCAAAUAAAAUUCUAUCAAAAGAAUAAAAGCAAUUAAUCCAAGACAGCCUUAUGACCAAGUUAGAUUUAUAAUAAGCAGGCAAGAUGGUUCAACAUUAGAAAAACAAUAUAAUUAAAAACAAAGCAUCCAAAACCAGGUAAUUUUUUCACAUAAUGAUUGCUAAUAUUUACAUGUGGUACUAUGUGCCAAACACUGUACCAAGCACUUUACAACUAUUUUAUUUGAUCCUCACAAUAAUACUGGGAGGUAGGUGCUAUUAUUUCUGUUUUAUUGAUAAAGAAACAAGCAAACAGGUCAAGUGACUUGACUUGGACCACACAAUUAGUUAAGUGUCUGAGACUGCAUUUGAACUCAAGUCUUCCUAACUCCAGGCUCACUGCUUUAUCUAUUGUGCCACCUAAAUCAUCUUGCUUCCUUUCACUUAAUGUAAAAAAAAAAAAAAAAAAUUGAUAGUGUAUAACACUGAUUUAUGCCCCAAACCCAACAAAUUAUAGGCACCUUUUUAAAUGACAUAAGCAAUGAUUUAAAAUAAAACUCAAUGAUUAAAGGUACUGGGGAUGCACUAGAAGCUUUCCCAGUAAAUACAGAAGCAAAUCAAGGAUGUUCAUUCUUCUUGGUAUAUUUAAUAAGGUUCUACAAAUGCUAGCAGUAGAACUAAGACAUUAACAAAACUAAGAAAGUAAGUGGAUAAAGAUAGAAAAAGAGGACAGAAAACUAUUCCUAUUUGUUAGCAACAUGAUAUUUUACUAAGAAAACCUUAGAAAAGCUAUUUAUUGAAAUAGCUUCAGCAAAGUUAUAGACUACAAAAUAAACCAGUAAAAGUCAAUAGAAUUUCUAUAUAAAUGUAAAUCAAAAAAGCAGUAAUAGAAAGGAAAAUUAUAUUUAAAAUAACAAUGCAUAAAGAUCUUAGAGGCUCAAUCUAUCAAAACACAAAAUAUGUGUAUGGAUUCAUUUACAAAGAGCUUUUUUUAAAAAAAUGAACAACUUGAAGGGAAUAUUCAGUGCUAAUGUCUGGAUAGGUCAACAUGAUAAAAAAUGACAAUACUAUCAAAAUUAAUUUACACUUUUAAUGUGCCAAUUUAUCAAGGAGUUUGUUAAGAAAUUAAUAAGAUAAUAAAAUUAAUGUGGAAAAAUAAAAUAGCUAGAAUAUCAAGAUAAAUAAUGAAAAAGAUAGGAAAAGGAGGGGGGGGGAUAGCAUUUCUAGACCUUAAGUUAUAUUAUAAAGUAGUAGUCAUUUGUUAUUCAUUAAAAAUUAGAUAAGUAGGGACACUAAUGCAUUGUUGAUAGAGUUGUGAAAUGAUCCAAUCAUUCUGGAAAGUAAUUUGGAAUGAUGCUAAAAAAGAUAUAAAACUGCACACUCUUUUGAGUGAAAUGGGGAACCUGAGGAUUUCUCAGAAUUAAUCCUUUGGGCAAUUCAAGACAAGCAUUUGUUAAUCAUUAAGGUUCUGGGGGAAAGAGCAAAAUCUUGCUCUUCUAGCAGAAAUAACUGAGAUAACCCCCAUGACCUUAAUUGCUUAGAGAAGAAUCUGACUAAUUAUUUAAUGGCCUAGAGAUAUUCAAGAAGUCUCUACAGUAGCUGUCUCUUAAUAGUUGAUCUAAGAAACCUAUAAAGUACAAACUAGCUGCCUGGAGCCCUUCAGGAUCAGCUAGAGUCAGGAUAAAUCAAAAGUCCUUGAUCUUUAGGGGGAGAAGUGAAGAGGCAGGCAAGCUGCCACUUGGCUUGCCAAAGAUGUAUCCUGGAUUCUGCAGUUCAGAGUUUCCAGCCUCUCUCCUCCUUGUGUCCUGCCACCGAGUGAUUCUGGCUUCCCUUCCCCCCCCCCCCCCAAUCUAAACACCAAACAUUCAGCAAGCACCAAUGGUGAGGAGAGCCAUCAUAUCACCAUCUCAUCUAAAUAUGUAUAGAGAGCCAUUGUCUCACAUAGAAUAGGUAAUUAGCCUUAAGUGCUUGGUUGUCUGAUUCAAGCAUACCUUUUUGCAGUUUUAGCCCUCUACAGAAACCUGAGGUAAACUAAGUCUCCUUAGUUAUUCUAGAAACCUUUUAACCCUUCUGGCUUAAUCGAUUACUUACCUCUAAAUAAAUCUCCUUAUUGUGAAGGGAUUAUGUGGUUUCUCAUAAAAUCAUUAACUAAGGUAAAUUGAACCUAUAACUUAAAUUUUAGUUUAUGAAGGUCUGAAGGGUUUGGGAAAAUGAAAUUCUUUGUAUAAAUCUUACAAUAGAAUGCUCAUACCAGCUCAAAAAAGCAUUUGCAACAAACUGACCAUCAUAAAUUUAGGCAAACACACCUACAAUGAGUCAACUAUAAUGGCUUCACUAGAAUUUAGCAAACCUUUGUUAUUUCCAUCUAAGCAGGCAGUGAAAAUGAAUUAGAUGAGGGGAGGGAGUCACAGGAGCCUGUGUUUUUGACUCUUUAAAUCAUCUCUUGGCCUUUGUAAAAAUCCACUCUCCUCUCUCUGAGACUCCAGUGAGUGGACUGCCUGCUUCUCGAGAGAUUCUAAUAAAGCUUCUGUUCUUCACUUUGAGAAAUCUCUGAGUAGUCAUUUUGAGUUUGGAGCUGCCAUCUCACACACUUUGAUCUGGCAGAACUACUACUGGAUCUGUAUCCCAAAGGAAAAGGAAAAGGACCCAUAUGUGCAAAAAUGUUUGUAGCAGCUCUUUUAUGGGUAGCAAAGAAUUGGAAAAUGAGAUGUCCAUCAAUUGGGGAAUGGCCGAAUAAGUUAAUAGUAUAUGACUGUAAUGGAAUAUUAUUGUUCUAUAAGAAAUGAUGAAGAGGCUGAUUUCAAAAAAACCUAGACUUACAUGAAAUAAUGUUAAGCAAAACAAGCAGAACCAGGGAAACAUUGUACACAGCAACAAGAUUGUGCAACUGUGACCGACUUGUUUCUUUUCAGUGGUUCAGUGAUACAAAAUAGUCUUUAUAAACUUAGGAUGGAAAACACCAUUCAAAUACAGAGAGAGAGACAGACUAUAGAGAUUGAGUGUAAAUGAACAUGUGCUAGGUUUACUUUUUUUCUCUUUUUCUUCUGUUUUUUUUUUCUUUGUGGUUUUCCCUUUUGUUUCGAUUUUUUCUCUCCCAAUAUGAUUCAUAAAGAAAUAUAUAAAACCUCUCAAAAAUGUUAUUUCUACACGUAACUGGGGAAAAUAAAAAUGUUUGAAAAGAAAAACCUUGGAAAACUUACAUGAACAGAUACAAAAUUUAAAAAAAACAUACAGAUGUAAAUUCAUGGAAGAGACUAGACAGAGGAGAACUAGAAACAAUGAAAUUCAACAACUCAGAGUUCGGAAAACUCAAAAUUAUAAAUUAGGAAAGAACUCAGAAUUUGAUUCUAAAAAAUGCUUAGAAAACUAGAAAGUAGAGUAGUAGAAAUUAGAUUUAGACUAACAUCUUAUAUUCUAUGAGAAAUUCAAGACAGAAACAUGAACUAAAUAUUAAAAAUCAUGCUGAUGCAAUGGGAACUGUGUCGUCCUGAUCUUUGUGGAGGGUGGGCCACCUAAUCUGGGGAAAUUCCUGGAAAUGAUCCCCAUCCACUUGAAUCUCCCUUGGGAAAGUGACCUGGUUUCCCACAGGAAUCACCCACCUCCAAUUGAUCUAAUAAUCAGUUUGGUCUGGGAAACAAUCACUAUCCCUUAUUGAAUUGAAAAUUCAAUUCAGUAAUAGAGAGCCUUUAAUUGUUCCCUAGCCCCAAACCAAAGAAGGCUCAUUUUAAAAAAAUGACUGCACCCCAUAGCUAUGCUAAAUUCCUUUGGGAAUUAGUACUCUGUGAAGUUGUUUUCAGUGUAAUAAAUCCAUUUUUGCCUUAA